GGAGUGUUUUGAACUGCGACGGCGAUUGAAGGACGGAUUAUGUCUUCUCAGGUGUACAACGUGCCGGUGGUGCUGCCUGCACUGCGAAAGGAAGAGUCUUACCGACAACUAGUAGACGCUCUCGAGUACCUGGACGCCGUUGCGACCGACAUUUUCAACCGCAUCAGCUGCCGUGUAGCGGAGAGCCGCGACCAGCUCACCACCAUCAAUAACCGGGUAAAUGUGGCUCAGGCCAAGAUCGACAAGCUCCGUAACAGCAGCAGCAAGGCCACACGGGUCUUCUCCCCGCCCAAGUACCCCGCCCCCGACCUGCUGGCGGAGACCACCACGGUGUACCAGGAUGUGAACCCGCUGCUUCAUCGAGUGAGGAAGACGCGGGUAGAGAUAGGGGCUCGGCUGGAGGAGGUCACGCGGGAAGUAAUGGUGGCAAAGAAACACCCGUUUCUCCUCGGCCACAAGCAAAAGAAGAAGCCACUCGACCUGCAGUUUUCCUCAGACGACCCUGAGCAGGGGGAGGGGCUUGGUUCUCUCCCUCGUCACCUCCCCUCUGUCAGUUCCCUCCUCCUCUUCAACACCUCCGAGAACCCCUACAAGAAAUACGUCCUCCUGGACCCGCUCUCGGGGGCAAAGGUCAAGACAAGGGACAAUCUCGGAGAGAGGGAGGAGCUAGCAGAGGCCCCGGUAACCAUCACGCAGGGAGAGGAGCUGCUGAGUGGGCCACAUGACAGUGUGAUGUACGUCCCCGUCAUGCCAGAGCUCCCGGAGCUGGAGGUACCUGAUCUCCUUCCCUCACUCCCCUACGUGGCGGCCGACAUGUUCUACACGGCUGACAUUGGGAAGAGUAUUGCUCCGUCGCUGGCCAAUGCGUCUGUACCGGAGCUACCUGACCUCGCUGACCCCUCUGCCCCUGCUGCUACUGCUGCUCCAACAUCUGGAGGGGCAUCCAAGGCAGGGCUGAAGAGUGCCAAGCAGAUGAAGAAGGAGAGGAAAGCUAAGAAAGAGGAGGAGGCUCCAGCAGGAGGAGACCUGCUGGGAGAUCUGACUGCGGCUCUUGGACGGCGACGGACGGCCAUGAGCGGGAGGAACAAGGACAAGAGAGAGGAGAGGAAAGACAAGGAGGAACACUCGCUGGGGGGCGGGUCCAUGAUGGACAACAUCUCCAAAAUGAUUCCAGUUACGGGGAAACUUCAGAUGGAGGGGUCUGGGGAAGAAGGAGAAGGUGGCUGGUAGAGUGUUUAGUAACUGGCACAUGAUGUGUUGUGAUCUCAACAACUUUUAUUUUCACAGCAAACCAUACUAUGUUUGUUUCAAUGAGUGUGUUUAUAGUUAUUCCACUGAGGGUGAGUAAAAAACAGUGUGAUAUAUAUAGGAUAUAAUAUACUCAAGCAGUGAGAGUAUAUAAAACUAAAUUUCUAUCAUAUAAUAAUAAUAAUAAUAAUAAUAUAAACCUAAAUAAUAAUGAUGACAACGACAGAGUCACAUGAUGACACGAGCUAAGGCGAAAAAGUUUAAAAGGUCCUCACGUGAAAGCCUAGAGAGCGAGGGAGUGAUUAUGAGAGGACCGAGCUACUUCGAAGAUGCGGUGUUGUGCUAGUGCGGGUGCUAGUAGAAGUGGUGGUACUAGUUCUCGACCAGUUUCCUGAAAAAACGUUGGUUGGUUUGCAGGAGGAGUAAUGGCACGACGGGGUGUAAGGUGUUGGGGUCUGGACAAACGGAGUGGGGUAGAAGAUGGCAUUGAGCGGCGGUGGCCUGAACUGAGCUUCCUCCAUGUCCACUU